AAACAAGAGACCUCACACUCUGGAUAUUCUUUUUCUUCUUCCUUUUAGGUUCUUUACAAAGAAUCAAGAAGAUGAAGUCAUCAUCGGCGUUGCUCACAAGCUUAAACCAGAUACAGCCAUCUUCAUCUCCGACGAGAAAACCACCGAAGCAAAAGAGGAAGGCAACGACGUCGAACGAUAACAAACCCAUCAAAGUCCGUUACAUAUCGAAUCCCAUGAGAGUAGAGACUUGCCCUUCUAAGUUCAGAGAGCUUGUUCAAGAACUCACCGGUCAAGACGCCGCCGAGCUACCUCCGGAGCCCACCACUUACGCCGCCGCAGAUCCCCAACAAGAGGAGAUAAAUCCUGAGCCGUUGGAAGAAGGGGUCAGUGAGUAUUAUUCACCGCUGGAUGAAGAAGUUUUUAGUGCUCCUCAAAUGUCGGCAGGUCUGUCUGCGUUUUUCUCGUCUGGGUUUUACAAUGUGAAUGCCUUAGGGAGCAUUGGCUCUCUCUGAAAAUCUUAUAUAUAUAUAUAUAUAUAUAUUUUAAAAGGUGUCACACCGAUCAGAAGAAGAAAUCGUCUUAUAGUUUAGGGUUUUGUCGAUACCUAUAUAUAUGGAUAUACUAUAACAUAUGGAGUUCUGUUUUUCUUAUUUCGUUUGGUUUGUGGCGAAUUAUUUGCGGUUGUGAGUAAAUAAAUCGUUUUCACAUCAAGGAAGAAAUAUUGUAUUUUUUGGUUAAUAAUCUAAAUUUUAAAGUAA